CUUUUAUCUUUUCUUAUUGACUAUUUCUAUCUUUUUGACUCAAACAUUGAAAGAAAAAGAAAAAAGGAAAAAAAGAGAUGAAUGACAAUGAUGGGGCAAUGAAACGUCAAUAUGACAAGGAACAUUUACAGCCAAAUACUGAUACUUCAACCUCAUCUACCAAGCGCUUCAAACUCAACAACACGAAUACUGAAGAUACUCUCUCACAGGAACCCACUACUGGCAGUAACGAUAAUGAACGUCAUCAAACUUCACAUGCUGAUAGAUCUACGGUAUCAAGGACUGACUCCUCUUCAGGGACGGCGUCUAGAAAUCAACAUGAUAAUCCAUCAAGCAAUACCCCAACAACAUCAUCGUCCACAUCGACAUCACCUUUUGCGUUACAUCCUAUAUUAGAUGAAUUGACCAAUAAACCAGUAUACUCCAGUUAUGAAUCUUCUGGUAUGCGGAUGUCCAUGUCUGCCAUUCUUACCGAAACUGGGAAAGGAUAUCAUGAUCGUUCUAUUCAAAGCAAGAACAAUAUAGCCUCGUCAUUAUCACCAUCAGCUACUUCACCAUCAUCUACAAAAUCAUUACCUUAUUCAUCGACUUUACGUGGUCAAAGUUUACCGCCCGCCAAUGACAUGAAUCAACAACAACAGCAACGUCUUACAUCAUCAAUACAAAAUCAUUACGAAGAAUCCAAUAAAUCCUCACCAUUAUUAUCAACACAACAACAACAACAACAUCACCAUCAUCAUCAUCAAAGAAGUUCUAGUCAUCCAACCGUUGUUUCUAUGAUGCAUCCUACUCCUCGGGAAAGGCCAACAUCUUCUGAAAGCCCACAUAUACCAUCACAGGGUCAAUCCAUCACCAAUGAACAACUGAUACGAGCACUCACUACAUCAAUUCCAAUGGAAUCUACUUCAUCAAAUGUAUCUGAAAUAGUGGAUGCCAAUAGAGUAACAGAAAAGCAUGAUGUUACCUCACCAAAUUCAUCAGCAUCUACUACUACUGGGGCGCCAAGUGGGUUGGAUUCAUCAUCACCAUCAUCAUCAUCAUCAUCAUUACCUGGAAUUGGAUCGACAUUUCAACGAUUAAGUGGAAGCAGCAAACAAGAUCUCUCUCAACAAAGGAAAGACGAUGUAUCGGAUGUAUCACCUACAGAAAUAUUAGGUAGUGCGUUGGCAGCAGUGGCAAGAAGUCAACAGCACGGUACAAACACAACGGCAGCCGCGGCAGCUAUUGGGAAUUUGGCAGCAAUCACAGCAAAUAUCAGUCAUUUAUUGAAUAAUAACAACAAUAACAAUAAUAGUACUAAUGUUAAUACUGGCACAUCAGCACCAACAACAACAUCAUCUUCAACAAUACCAACAUCAUCACAGCAACAACAAAGACAACAAGGAACUAAUCAUGGGAUUACAAAUGAUGACGAUCAUUCAUUAGACGACCGAUCAUCAAGCUCGAAACAUCCAUCUCAACCUCCACCGGCAAUAUCAAAUAUGUUAGAUCAAGCCAUUCAAUUGGGACGAACUCAACAGCUGCAACUCAAGCAGGAGGGAGGAACAAAAUCUACAAGGACAGAUCAAGAUCAAAUGGAAGGGAUGAUGAGAGCCGCCACAGCAGUAGUAGUCAAUGCAUCAUCUGGAGUAUCUGGAACUACGACAUUACCAACAAAUCAGACACACAUACCACCUAUGCCCUCAUCUCAUCGCUUGGAUCACCAUGAUAUCUAUAGAGUAGCGUCUUCACCUUCCAUAAAUCUUCAACAUCAUCAUCUUCAUCAUCGUCAUCAACAACAACAACAACAACACCAUCAACGCCAUCCAUAUCAGCAUCAUCCAUACCAUCCAUAUCAGCCACCAAUAACAAAAAUUCCUCAAGUAGUGGUGAACAAUGACCGAGUGUGGCAAGCUGUCAAGGGAAAAGAGGAAACUUGUUUAGGAUUCUACGUCUAUCAUCCAUCCAUGUUAUUACCCAACUUACAAGAACAUUUGAAUGGGAUUGUUCAAGUACGUAUACCCUCAAGAUAUCUGACGUAUCAAAAUCCAAAGGUGAAGAAACGAGCUAUUUGGGGAACUGGUAUUUAUACGGAUGAUUCUGAUAUUGUGACUAGUAAGUUAAAACAUGAAUUCGGGAUAACCAUAAUCAUUGAAUAUUAUUAUUGUUAUUAUUAUUAUUAUUUGAUAGUGGCUAUCCAUUCGGGCAAAUAUACACCACAUUAUCAUGAUCCUGAACUGGAAUCCAAUGAUCCAUUCUUAUUGGCAGUGGCAGGCAAAACCGUCGAAUCCAUUCGUGCAGCAUCCCGACGCAAAGCAAUGUCACCCAAGACUUAUUUACACCAACGAGAUGAUACUUUACCUGGACAUGAUAUCAAGGUGACUUUACGUGUAUUACCUAAACUACAACAGUAUACAAGUACAGUCCAACAUCGUAUUAAAUCAAGACAAUGGGGUGGAAAUCAUGACGGGGUUAGUUUUUAUGUGGAAGCUGUAGAACAAAUCGAGAAAGGACAAGCUCGUCUUUGUGGUCGAAGGUCAUUGAAAAAUCAUGUUUUUCGUCCUAAUUAUGAUCAACAUCAAGUUAUCUCUAAUGUAGUGAAAACAGGUCCAAUAGUACCAAAUAAUAGUAACAGUAAUAGUAAUAAUAUUAGUUAGAACGAAUGAUUUUUCUAUUAAUAUUAUUCUUAUUUAUUAUUUAUAUAUAUAUGAUCAUUUUUAUUGGUUUUAUGCAUUCUUUACAACUUGCUUUAAUAAAAAAAAUAGAAAAUAUAUAUAUAUACAUAUAUAUUCAUUCAUUCAUUUUUACA